CUUUUUUAACCGUAAGCCGAAUGAAGACACUACCAGACGACGUGAAGAAGAAUAUCAAUCGUAACAGUAUUUCUGAACAUACGGCUGUUAUCUUCAGCUGUCGCGGAGAUAAGACACAAGACAUGCAGAUCCAGUUUAUAAUAUUCUGUGCCGAGAAUAACCAAAUUAGAAUCAUUUGCCCUUCACUCAUUCAUUCACAAGUCGCAGCUCGGAAGGAAACAAUUUAGAUCUUUCAAAAACUACCUUACGUUUUCCCUUCUUUCUUCCUUUCUUUCUCUCUCUUUCUCUCUUACUCUUUCCCUUCUCUUUCAAACUUGCCAAAAUGAUCGAUGUUGACUCUUUAUUCAUAAGUCUGAAGGAGAAAGGGUUCUACCAAGUAUCUCAAUAUGUUGUCAGCGGCCUAAGCUUCUUCCCAAUUGCACUGAGUUUACUAAAGUUAGUUUUCAUAGGAUUUAUCCCAGAAGCAAAAUGUGCUUCAUUGAAUAUGUCCCAAUUACAAGAAUAUGGUUAUCGCAGCAACGAAACACAUGAAAUUGUCUACGAAGCAUGCCAGAUAAAUAUAAACAGUUUGGACGGCAGCGGCAAGAACAAGAGUCUGGAAUGCAUCAAUGGUUAUAACUAUGGCGACGAGAAAUAUAGCUCUGUUGUAUCGGAGUGGGAUCUCGUCUGCGACAAAGCUGGUCUGGCUGAACUCACCCAAACUCUAUAUGCCGUUGGAGGCGUGGUUGGUUCCUUAAGCAUGCCUUACUUUUCAGAUACAAGAGGACGCAAACCUAUUUUGGUGUUGAGUGGCAUCCUUACUCUAAUCGUCAGCGUCGGAUCAUCAUUUUCUCCAAAUUAUAUUGUAUUUACAGUAUUACGGGGACUUGAAGGCAUUUUUAUUCAGGGCCUCUCAGUAUCUUGUUUUACAAUAAUGCUGGAGCAUUUUCCCGUCUCUAGCAAGACCCUAAUGUGCGGCUUGACCGGUGUCGUGUGGGGUUCGUGUGUCGUGCCAUUCGGUCCAAUUGCUUACUUGUUUCGAAACUACAACUGGAGAAUAAAUAACAUCGUCUUCUCAGCCACACACGCCAUUGUUUUCUUUCAAUUCUGGUUCCUUGAGGAAUCUUUAAGAUGGGUGGUGACAAAUGGUUUCGUGGAACGAUCGAAGAAAAUCAUCAAAAGAGCCGCCAAGUACAACGGUGUCGAUUUUGAUCGUGUCUGGGGAAAUAACUUGAUGUCAUCUUUGAUUCCAUUAAUGAGCACCGGAAACAGGAAAGGGACCCCUUCGAAAGAGGACUUGACUCAACAAGCUGAGAUCAAAGAAGAAGGAUUCCACACAAUUUUUCAAGAUCCCUUGGCUAGAAGAAUUACCAUAAUCAUAUUCCUUAUAGGGUUGUCGAACAGUCUAACGUACUACGGCAUAUAUUUGACGUCGUCUGCGCUGGCAGGCGAUCAUUAUUUGAAUUUCUUUUUGGUAUCCAUUACGGAAGUGGUCGCAAAUUUAUUGAUGGCCAUGCUGCUUUUCAAGUUACAAAGGCGUUCAACAAUGGCAUUAUUCCAGUGUUUAUCCGGUGUAUCUCUUCUUUGUGCGGUCCUGGUUAACAACUUUGGAAAAGGAGGCAAAGUACUUUCUAUUAUUAAUACAGUGUGUAGUAUGAUGGGCAUGUUUGGAAUUAGUGCUUCAUAUUGCGUUAUUUGGUUAUACACACCAGAAGUAUAUCCUACUAACCUAAGAAACAUCGGUUUGGGAUUUCUGACGUUAUGUGGCAGUAUUGGAAGUAUGAUUUCACCAUUUUCUCGUAUUUUGAUGCUCUACGUUCCUUGGCUACCUGGGACAAUAUUCGCUGUUGGAUCUCUUGCUAGUGUUUGUCUUUUGAUCUUUAUGCCAGAAACUCAACAUUUACAGAUGCCAACCACAAUGAACGAUGUUCGAAAUCAACUAGAAUCCCAGAAGAGGAAAAAGAAAAAGCGUUCAAACUCGGAAAAUCAUCAAAAUACAAGCCUUACUAAAGCAUGAUUCGUAAAGAGUCAGUAAUAUAUAUAUAUACUUAAUAAUAUAUGUGUGUGUUGUUUUCUAUUUAUGUUGUUGAAACAGAUUUUGUUGUACAUUGGAAAGGAUAUUCCGCCAUUACAGCACUGUUUAAUUAUCAUCUAAUAAAUGAAUUUAUUAACAAAGUGA